UGUUUCGAGUUUUUUCCCGUGACUUUAACCACCCGUGGAUGGUGUCUAGUCACUCCGUGGUACGUCAGCCUAGCCGAAUGAAAAACGACGAAAAAUUCUGAUCUUCCUAUGUAAAUCUACGUCACCUCAGCCACGUUGUUCAUGUUUCAAGUGGUUACAUAUACGUAUAUUUAGAUUUUAGAUAUAUUCCAUAUGUAUACGUAUACAAACAUCGAAAUUUUUAAAUUUACUUGACAUUCAUUAAAAAAUUUACCAUAGCUUAAAAAAUAAAAUCUUGUCAAAAACUUUACUUAAUAUGAAUCUAAAAAACGUUAUACUGCAAAAUAUAAUUAUUUUUAUUACCGUAUUUAUUACGUUUAACAUCGAUUUUAUUCAAUGUCAAACUCGAAUUAAGCCGGGUCAAAAUUCUUUAUCCGAACGUGUACAACAAUUAACGGAAAUGGCUAUGAAAAAGCCUGUUUUUAAAUUUAAUGGAGCUAAAUUCAAAGAGUUUGUAAAAACACCACCGAGGAACUAUUCUAUUAUAGUUAUGUUUACAGCUAUGGCACCGCAGCGUAAAUGUCAAAUAUGCCAACAUGCUCAUGAGGAAUUUGUUAUAGUGGCUAAUUCAUUCCGAUACUCUCAAUUUUAUUCAAAUAAAUUAUUUUUUGCGACUGUAGAUUUUGAUGAAGGAUCAGAUGUUUUCCAAAUGAUGCGAUUGAAUACUGCACCUGUAUUUAUACAUUUUCCUGCAAAAGGGAAACCUAAAUCAGCCGAUACAAUGGACAUACAAAGAGUCGGAUUUAGUGCAGAAGCCAUAGCAAAAUGGAUUUCAGAACGUACCGAUAUUCAGAUCCGUGUGUUCAGGCCUCCUAAUUAUUCUGGCACAGUAGCAGUUAUAAUGUUAUUACUUUCAAUUGGAGGAUUCUUAUAUUUAAGGCGUAAUAAUUUAGACUUCAUUUACAAUAAAACCAUUUGGAGUUUAGGAGCUAUGUUUUUUACACUAACGAUGAUCUCCGGACAGAUGUGGAAUCAUAUUAGAGGUCCUCCUUUUAUUCACAAAGCACCAAAUGGAAAUGUUGUAUAUAUACACGGGUCUUCUCAAGGUCAAUUUGUUUUGGAGAGUUAUAUCGUGAUGAUUCUUAAUGGAGCUGUAAUUUUGGGUAUGAUUUUAAUGACAGAAGCUGCGUGUCGGAAAGGUGACAUAAAAAAGCGACGAAUUUUUGCAGUAAUUGGUUUAGGACUAGUAGCAGUAUUUUUCAGUCUUCUACUCUCUAUUUUCAGGAAUAAAGCACAAGCUUAUCCAUAUAGUCUUCUUUUCAAGUAAAUAGUGGAUUUUUUAUUUAAUUACAAUAUUCAAUUUUCAUUUGAAUAUGUACUGUCAUGUUUGUACUAAAAUUUUGGAAAUAGUAACUCAUUAACAUCAAAGUACUCGAUAUAAACCAUAGCUGUUAUAGAAGUUCAUAGUAAAUUAUACUAGUUUUUCAUUGUUUUGGCUUUGUAAGUUCUAAGAAUUUAUUAUUAUGAAUUGUUUAAUAAAAAUUAUAAAAUAUCUAUCAAAAA